AUGACGAGGCCCCAGAUAAUCCGGGCAGAUACUAUCGAUCUUCAAGAUCGUAGUUCUCCCUCCGCGCGAGACCACUCUCGCCAGUCUGGACAAGUGGUCCUGCCGGAAGGGAAUCGAGCAGCGCCACACCAGAGUCAGUCGAUGCGGAAUGCAGAGAAGGAGGCCCGCGAGGAGUUGACUCAAAGCCCCAGAGUUUCUGAAGAUCGCAGACUCCACGAUGACUCCGAGGACGAAAUGAACAGACAUACCACCGUAUCGCAUCAUGACGGCAUGGAUCAGUAUUCCAACGGCAACUUGUCUGCGGAGGAAGGAGACAUUACCGACUGUGAAAGCGAUGACCAGUUGGAUGACGAUAUGCUGGACAAAAUCUCAAGUUCUCCGUCAAUUGAUGAUGAAGAUAUUGAUUUCGAAUUUGUCUACGCUUUACAUACCUUCAUAGCUACAGUCGAAGGGCAGGCCAAUGCUACCAAGGGCGAUACGAUGGUCCUUUUAGAUGAUAGUAAUAGCUACUGGUGGCUUGUGAGGGUUGUGAAGGAUGGCAGCAUAGGUUAUCUGCCCGCUGAACACAUCGAAACCCCAACGGAAAGGUUGGCUCGUUUAAAUAAACAUAGAAAUAUUGAUCUUUCUGCCACGAUGUUAGGAGAUAAUGCGGAAAAAUCGAAAAACCCCCUAAAAAAAGCCAUGCGAAGGAGAAAUGCAAAAACAGUCACAUUUACUUCUUCUCCAAUUUACCAUGAACCGUCCGAUAUUGAGUAUUCUACCGACGAAGAGGAGGAGGAGGAGGGCGACGACCAGUUCUUCGACGACGACGAUGACAACGCUGAUUCCAAUGGACAUGAAGGGUCUCAAAAAGAGGACGUCGUCGACGAAUCUCUUCGGGCAAAUUCCCAAACAGACAAGGACGUUGCAAACGGCCAAGAACAGGAACGCGCUCGAGAGCCCAGUCCAACAAAGGCUCGGGCAAGUGGAGAUUCAUUUGAUAGACAAGAAGACAUGACUAGCAGCAGAUCGAGGAACGGUGUGGUUCGAAACACAGAUUCCUUCUUCAAAGAUGAUAAUGUCGAGACCAUGAAAAUAUCGUUGACUCCCAAUCUCUUACGUGACGAUUCGAAUAGUGUGUCUGCGGCGAAUGAUCCCAAAGAGAUGAAAGGACGUGGAAGUCUUGAAGCCUUUGAUAAGGCCAUCGGUUUAGGAGACAAAAGCAAGGAUGACAAGAAGCGGAAGGAGAAGAAGGGAAUGCUUAGUGGCCUGUUCAAGAGAAAAGAUAAGAAAGGCAAGGCCACUGACGAUGACGUGGAGGAAUCAGAAAAGAUAUCGGAAGAGUCUACACGCUCGUCAACUCCUCCCAAGAUGUCAAGUGAAUCAUUGAAGGAGGAACGCCCGGCGUCGAAAUCCCAAAACGCACCGCAACGAAAUCCCAGCAAACUACACAAACCACCCCCUGAGAUGUCGCCAGCGAAGAGCGAGAGUGGACAGCCUUCCACCCCACAUGGGCCUAGCAACGUGGCGAACUCCAAGGCGCCACCAAUCAAGGAGGGUUCUGCCACUCUUGUCCGAGCUGUUCCAUCUGAAGCCCAAGACAACCCUGCACCACAACCGCUUCGCGUAAAAUCUCCGGACGCGGCCCGUGAAAAAUCCACAACUUCUACGUCAGGAGAACAACUCAGGUCCGGCUCGGUGUCCCCAAUGAAAACUACUUUCCUUAAUACAUCGAUUUCCUCCUUGGAUGGUUCUCAAAAGUCGGUAGACAGCACAGCCGUUUCUAACAAAGAGAGUAUUCGAUCCACAGCUAUUGCCGCAGGCGAAGAUGAAAUUUCAGAAUCGCCGGUCAACAUCUCGUCCCCAGAAUUCCGAAACCGCAGUAACCCUCCAGGCUUAACUGCGGAUACCUCAUCAGUCGAUGAUCCUUUUAAUCCUCUCAUCUCCCCAACUCUGUCUUCCCCUGAACUUGUUGAACAUCCAGAUACCAAACUGGAAGAUAACAGCGCCCCCACGUCUUCGACUAACACACCAACUUGGAGUGAGGCUAGUCUUCGGUCGUAUCUCGAAGAUGACGCUGACAUCAAAGACCUCCUCAUCAUCGUUCAUGACAAGUCUAAUGUGACCCCUGCUGGCCCUGAUCAUCCGAUAACAGGCAGUCUCUUCAAAGAAGAGAGUAAAACUCUAAAUGAAAUGUCUGUUCGACUCGACGAAUUGCUAACCAGCUGGAUGUCUCGGAAAACGCAAGCGUCUGUUUCUAAAUAA